AAGGUGUGUGUAGUUUUUGUCUGUUUCACCUUAUCCUAUAUACACCUCUCUGUCACUCUCCCACACCUGCACGCGCCACACUAUACAGCACAAAAAGAGGAAGAAGAAGAAGAAGAAAAAGUGAAAUAGCUGUGGUGGGAGCAUUUCUUUGUACUAUAUCACGAUGCUCAUGAUUUGUUAACGUUUCUUUGUAUUUUUAGCAAGUGGGUUGUUUUUCUUUUGCUCUUUGGUUCUGCUGUCAGUCGUCGUUUUGCAGUAUCAAAGGUUGCUUUCUGCUUCACUGCUGUCGUGUGAGUAGCACAGAGGUUUUUGCAGGGUUUGUUUUUGGAUUACAUUAUUGUAUCUUCUUUCCUUAAAUAAUGAGUUUUUGGGAUGCUCUUGUUUCACAAUGGCUGCCAUUUUUGGAAGAAAAAGAUUGUUUUUUUGGGGUCUUGGUAAGGGAAUGUUAAAUUGCAAAGUUUAAGAGAGUAAAGGGGUGUUUCAAAACUUGUUUUUUUUUUUUUUUUGGUUAUGGAGUGAAGUUUUUUUUUUUGAAGUAGUUUUUGUUUUGGGGUGUGUUGGAAAGUGUUACAAAAAUGAGUGAUUCUUCUUCUGUGAAGAAUUUGGCCAUUACAGAUAAUAAAGCACAAAAACAUGGUGGUUGUGUAGGCAUUUUCUUUCAGCUUAUUGAUUGGAAGAAAAGACUUGUUAAGAAAAAGCUCUUCUCCAAGAAACUUCUGACUCCUGCUCGUGCAAAAAAGUUUAGGGGAGAUGAAAAAAUGCCAAAUUCCAAACUUCACUUGAUUGCUAAUGAGAAUAGUGGAGGUUUCCCAAGUUCCAAAAAAAGUGGGAAUCAUGGUGUAGAUGUAGACCAAAAGAGUGAAAUGCGAGUUCCGAGUUUGGUAGCUAGGUUAAUGGGUCUAGAUUCUAUUCCAGCUGCUCGGCGAGAUAAUAAAUUGAAGAAAGCUUUGUAUCCUAAUGAUAGGCAAGGUACUAAGGAUUUGGAAAUGGAAAUGGGAAUUGUGAAACAUGAUUCAAGACCUCAGAAGCUUCAGAAAACCGGAGUGUGUGAGAGAAGGGCGGUGACUAGGUUUGGAGCAGAGGCUCUUCAUAUUAGGAGUGUUUUGUCAAGAGCGAAAAAGUAUAACCACCAUCAUCAUCACCCUAAGCUUGUUUCUCCUUUGAAGAGUCCUAGAAUUGCCUCUGGAAAAAGUGCUUCUCGUAGCUCUAGGUUAAUAGGAGCGGCUGCUAAAAUUUUGGAACCCGGACUUCAGGCAAGUAGAGCUAAAGGUUCUUCUCUUACGUAUCAUGCUGCUGCAUGUCCUAUUAAGACCAACAUUGUAACUGAUGGUGUAGGAAGCAAGUCAGCGGCUAUGCAAGAUCAACCCUGUUAUGUUUCCGGCACAGCCAAACCUUUGAUAGGACAUACUUCUUGCAAAAAUUGUGGUAAUUUGCUCGAUGUAAUUGACUGUAAGGCGGAGGUUAGAGAACAAUUACAUCCAGAUGUUCCUCCACCGAUUGUUUCAGAUGUGAUAUCGCCUUACAAGAAGGGAAAGUCGUUCACUCCCUCUCAUGGACAAGGAAGAGAUAUUGUUCUUCUGAGAAGUCAGGAAAUGUUAUCAUCUUCUUUUACUGAUGAAGAGGAGAAGAGUUAUGCGCAGCGGUCACGGAAUGAACCUACUACCAGAAGAAUGCUAAUGCCGCGCGACAGUCCAGCUAAAUGGAGUUCAUCAUGCCAACCAUUAAGGGCUCGAGAGGAUGACACAUCUGCUUUUGACUGUAAACACAAAACACAAAUACAAGAACCCAAAUUGAGUAGUGAAAGCUCUUCAUCUGGAUCGACAGUGUGCAGCAUGCAAGUAAAAAAAGUAUCGCCAUCUGCGAGCACUGCAAGUGGGACUAAUAAAAACUUUGUUGCUUUGAAUAGAAGCGCAAGUGGUAGAACGAGGAUGAGGUCGCCCACCAAAGUUGAUAGCUCCAAAUUUGACUUAGAGAAAAAACCUUGUAAUAGACAGCAUGAGUCUUUGUCUCAUGUAAGGACGUUAGAGAGGAAAAGAAGGACCAUAAAUGUCUCACAACUCGAAGGCACGACUCCUGCUAAUUCAAUUGGGUUUAAACAAAGAAAUCUUCGCCGUGAUGCAAUUGGUGGAAAAAGGAGGGAUUUUGACUCUUACUCAUUGGACAAUUCCAAUGUAAAAAAUAAAGGAGAUGGUCCAGGAGAACCGGUUAAGGUGAGCGAAAAUAGGAACAAUGACGCAGUUUCAUUCACAUUUAGUUCCCCUUUGAAGCAAAAGAUGGAAAUACCUGCCGUGGAGGAAGAGACAAGCACCAACAAUGAGAGGAAGACACACUUCCAAAGACCUUCACCUUUGAAAGUUGAUGGUUUAGGUGCCUUUCUAGAACAAAAGUUGAAGGAAUUAACCUCUCAAGAAAAUGAGUUGGCUUCUACAAGUGCUGUACCUCAAAAAUCAAGUACAGUGAUUCUUCAAGAGCUUAUAUAUGCUCUAAGUUCGGAGCAUUUGAUCUGUCAUGAUGAUCAUAUGCAUACUGAAGAUGCUGGUUUCAUUCGUGGAACGAAACAAGAAAGGUUGUUAGGAACCUCUUGCAAUAGUAAUCAUCUCAGUCCCGGAUCUGUUUUGGAAGCUUCAUUUUCUUCUAGUAGUCUCGAUGAAAGCUUAGGGCAUAGUUUUCAUCCUCAGAUAGAACAAUCGGAACAUGACGAUGAACUUUUAGAUUCUGCAGAAUCCUUUAAUAAAGGAAGUAUAGGCAAGAUAAUAACUAAUAUUGUCAACCAAAUUCCUAUGGCAUUACAAUACUUAUAUUCUUUCGGGACACAAUUCACAAGAAGCAAUUUCAACAAUAUGAAGCAUGUUCUCUUGAAUGCUGAAUUGGUGCUUGGAAUUUCAAAUGACUAUAGCGAGGAAGAAUUGCCACAGCUUCUAAUUUAUCGGUUUCUUCUUAAUGAAUUGGACACUAUGGCAGAUGAUGCUAUGUGGACUGAUUUUAAUGGUUUAGCCGGUUUUGAGGAUUCCAAACCAAGAAAGAUGCUCAAGGGAUUUGUCUUUGAUUGUGUUAUGGAAUAUCUUGAAUCAAAUUGUUUCCAAUAUUUUUACACAGGAUUCAAGGUAUGGACUAAGCUACCGUUAUGCAUAAAAGCUGAGAUGUUAGCUCAAGAGGUCAAGAGAGAGGUCAAGAAGUGGUCAUGUAUGGCUGGCAUGGCACCCGAUGAAAUAAUCGAACGGGAGAUGGGCCGCUCACUGGGGAAAUGGACUGAUUUUGAUAUUGAAGGAUUUGAGACUGGUGUUGAUAUAGAUGGAGACAUACUUCAUAAUUUGGUUGAUGAAGUUUUUGAAGAUCUUGUUGGUUGCAAGCAUUGUUCUUAUUCCUUUUGAAAUUCUAUUGAAGGUGUAUUUUUUUUUGUACAAAUGGGGUUGUGGUAUCUCUCUAAUGGAGGCUUCUUUAGGCUCUUUUGAAUUAGUGGACAAAUAAAGUCCAGUUGACAAUGCUGCUCUUUUCAUAUUAAUAUUGUUAUUAUAUAUGUUAUGAUUUGAAUUAGCCAACAAAUGCUCAUUAGAAUGUUUGUGGAAUUGUGGUUUCAGCAUUUGCUUAGAAAUAAAAAAUUAGCUAAUUUAGCUCAA